AAGAACAGUUCUCAGCCUCCCCCCCUCCCCUUUGAGUACUGGGAAGUCAUAAAAUUCUUAGUAAAAACAACCAUAUCCAGUAACUGAGUGCAGGGAAUUAAAACUUGCUCUCCUCUGUUUUUCUUCUGCUGCUGCAUACACAUUGCUCUUGCUGUCCUAACUCCUGUGUCCUCUGACCAUGUUAGUCAUGUUUUCUUUUUAUGGCUACUCAUGCACCUUACAUAGCACUACAAAGAGAUUUCCAGUGUCUCACAGGACAGCUUACUGUUCUGCUGUAGCUGGGAGAGAGGCUGAGUUUUAGCAUAUUUUUUUUUUAAUUGAGGUACAUUUUACAUAUGGUGGAAUGUUCAGAUUGCAAGGUUGUUGUUUAGUCAGUUUUAACAAAUGCAUAUGGCGAUAAAACAUAUCCAUCACCCCAGAAAUGUUCCUUGGGACCAUUUCCAGGUAAUCCUAUAGGAAGUGCCAUAGAUCUGAUUUCUAUCACUAUAGUUUUGCCUAGUCAGAUCUUAAUAUUAUAAUUGUAUGUUUCCAAGGACUCUCUAAGUAGUGCUUUGAAGAGGUGAAGGGGUGUGUGUGUGUGUGUGUGUGUGUGUUUAAAAAUCACUAUUGGGACUGGGGCUUUAGCUUAGAGGUAGAGAGCUUGCCUAGCUUGCAUGAGGCCCAGGGUUUGACCCCCAGCACUGCAAAGCAUAAACUAAAUAAUAAUAAUAAUGAUAACAACAACCUCAUCAGUAUACUAUAUGAUUAGGUGACCCCAGAAAGUAAAUAAUAAUGUCUUAGCAUUUGUCUGAUGAGAAGUUCAGAUUUUUCCUUUCAUUGCAAGGAAUCCCAGUUCCCAGAUGUAAGAGUAUAAAGCACAGUCAGCUCAUCCUUGUGUGGAGGAGACGUGGUCGUGUGUGCGCCUAUGUGCCUGUGUGUGUUGUAAUUUGUUUUGUUGGAGAGCUGAAUUGCUGGGUUAGAACUGGAGUUGCUCCUGGGACAUCCCUUUGGAUUACCAGCAGUCCCCUGACAUGCUUUUUCUUUUUUUCCUGCCUCUCCCUUGAACCGGUUGGCUAUGAAUUUAAGAGUCCUUGGAGUUAUGGAGUUGCAGAGUUGCGCUUGUAAGAUUGAAACAAGAUCUGUGUGGCAAAGCCCACUGCUGGCUGGGAAUGCGGAUACGUGCUGCUCAGCUCUGAGCCUCCUGGCAAGCUGAACCAGACUUGAGAAGAUCACUCCUAAAUUCAUUAUAAAAAUGUAUUGAGCAGGGUCUGCUUCUUUUCUUUCUUCCUUUUUUAAAAUUAAAUGAUUGCAUGAAAAUUUCAUUAUAUAAGUAAUACAUGAACACAUUCUCUGUAGGGGAAAAGAAUGCAAAUCCUCCAGACUAGCUUCUUCCUUGACCACCACUCCUAAUCCCAGUCCUUUCCCCAGAGACUGACCACCCUCCCGGGGCUGCUAGUAUUCUUCAGAUGCUUUGCAUAUUUACAUUUAUGCCUCUAGGGCUUACAGAAAGUCAAGUGCACUGUACUGCACGUUCAUAGACCACAGCAGGGUCUUCUUGAUCUUAUUUAAUUCCUGCUUGCUCAAUCUCUUUUAGAAAUAGAAGGCUAAACAAUUGUUUCUCCUUUCCUAGUGUGUGGACAUGAAAGUUACUUCUGAUCCUUUUCUGUUACAAAUAUUGUUACAAAAAAACAUUGUUGCACAUGGGCUCUUUGCAGCUCCUGUGAGUUUUCUCUGGAGUAGUUUCUGAGAAAGUGGAAUCAUGGGGUAGGGGGGUACUUUACUUGUAUGUUCAGAUAAAGGCACACUAUAGGGACACUUCUUUGCUUAGAGUUACUAUAGACCCAGGGAUGCUUGCAGUCUGCUAAACAUUGGAAGACUAGGCUAGGACUUAGAAUGUGCCGGGUGUGGGGUGUGUGCUCACCUGCCCUUGGGGGCCACACAGGUCUCUACUGGUUGGUGAGAAGGGUUGAUGUUGGGAAGGUCUCUUCUGGGCCCCACAGUUAAUUAUGUCUGAUCCCCGCCUUUAGGACUUUGGCCUGUAUAUUGAUAGUGCUUGCAUGGGGGAGAGUCAGGAGGAUGGAUGAACAGUCCAUUGUGUAUUCUGGAUGAUAAAUUCUAGGCCCACUCCACUCAUUAACUACAUACCUCAUUGCUUCUGUGGGUCUUCUCCUGGCCAUCUUUAAAAUGCAAAGUGUGGCUUAAACACUCAAGCUGAAGUUGAGGCAUUUGGAAGUAUUUUUAGUGUUCUUUUAAGAGCAUCUUGAACCCUGCCACAGUGCUGCUACUCAUGGUUUACGUUAAUUAGAGAAAAUGGUGUGUGCCUCUCUGUUAUUUAUGCUUCUGGCUACCGCCUCCCCAGCUCUCUGCAGAACUUCUGGAAAACAUGAAUUAUAAUGACAUCAGGUCUGACUGAUGGCAAGGGAGGGUGUGGCCAUGUCCCUCCCCAAGACACUUCGAGACUGGCUAUGUGCUGGUGCCACUGGUCACCCAGCUGGGAAGAGGCAGAACCUUCUGCUGCCUUCAUGAUUCCCUGUGCCGUGGUCUUCAGAUCCUUACGCAGAUGGUGGUGAAAACAGCCCACGUCCUGACCCUGGGAGAACCCCACAUGGCAUCCGUACCCUUGUCUGGGCCCAGCAGUCCACUUCUCUUACCUUCUUUGAGGUUCUCAGACAUCUCCUCUCUGGGCUCUGGUGAGUGUUAGGGCCUCCUUUCCUGUCAUUUCAGGCUGGGUGACCAAGUUAGUGCCCCUUCCUCUCUCACUUGGUGGGUUAUCUUAGGGCCCUCUUGGCCUUGACCUUUCUGGUCUGAUGGCGGGGGUGGGGGGGUGUCUUCUUAGCUUGCCCUCCCAUCCUGCAGCAAGUGCAGGUUGACCAUUCUCUGGCUGUGCAACUCGUCUUUCUUGAUGGGCAGUGACCGUUGUUCUAAGAUGGACACAAUUUAUCUAUCUAUCUAUCUAUCUGCGGUGCUGAAUAUCAAACCCAGUGCCUCAUGCAUAUGAGGAGACACAGCAGCAUGGCCAGUGUGCUGUCUCGCCGCCUUGGUAAGCGGUCUCUCCUGGGAGCCCGGGUGUUGGGACCCAGUGCCUCCGAUGGGCCAUCAGGGGCCAGCUUGCCCUUGGAGCCACAGGCAGAAGUUCCGGAGGGGGCUGCUCCCCAGCCCUUCCUCGCCUCCAAGGACCCUACGUGCCAGGAGCAGCCCAAGGAGGUCCUCAAGGCUCUGGGCACCACUGGCCUUCAGCAAGUGGCCUUUCAGCCUGGACAGAAGGUCUAUGUGUGGUACGGCGGUCAGGAGUGUACAGGCCUGGUGGAGCAGCACAGCUGGGCAGAGGACAAGGUGACGGUCUGGCUGUUGGACCAGAAGUUACAGAUCUGCUGCAGGGCGGAGGAAAUAUGGCUGGCAGAGCUGCAGGGCAUGAUGCCCCAGGUGCCACCUCCAGAGUACGGGGCCCAGGCAAUGGCUUACAGACCUGUCUCCAGGAACAUUGAUGUCCCAAAGAGGAAGUCAGAUGCGGUGGAAAUGGACGAGAUGAUGGCGGCCAUGGUGUUGACAUCGCUGUCCUGCAGCCCGGUUGUGCAGAGUCCUCCUGGGGCCGAGGCCAACUUCUCUGCCUCCCGUGUGGUCUCGGGUGACCCGUGGAAGGAGAGCGGCGAUGUGUCAGACAGUGGCAGCAGUACCACCAGUGGGCACUGGAGCGGGAGCAGCGGCAUCUCCACCCCUUCGCCGCCACACCCCCAGGCCAGCCCCAAGUAUUUGGGGGAUGCCUUUGGUUCUCCCCAAACUGAUCAUGGCUUUGAGACCGAUCCUGACCCUUUCCUGUUGGAUGAACCAGCUCCACGCAAAAGGAAGAACUCUGUGAAGGUGAUGUACAAGUGCCUGUGGCCCAACUGUGGCAAAGUUCUGCGCUCGAUCGUGGGCAUCAAGCGACACGUCAAAGCCCUCCACCUGGGGGACACCGUGGACUCUGACCAGUUCAAGCGGGAGGAGGAUUUCUACUACACAGAGGUGCAGAUGAAGGAGGAGUCUGCUGUGGCUGCGGCAGUUCCCUCUGCCCCUGGGACUCCCACCGUUGAGCCAGCUCCCACCCCCCGAGUGACCAGCCCAUCCCUUGCCACUCUUCCACUGCCUCUGUCCAAAGCCCAGACCUCUGGCCCGGAACACUCUGGUCUGGAGUCUCCCCUGCCCUCGGGUGCUCUCAGCAAGUCAGCUCCUGGCUCCUUCUGGCACAUUCAGGCUGACCAUGCAUACCAGGCUCUGCCAUCCUUCCAGAUCCCCGUAUCUCCCCACAUCUACACCAGCAUCAGCUGGGCUGCUGCUCCUGCCGCCGCCUCCCCGCUCUCUCCGGUUCGGAGCCGGUCACUCAGCUUCAGCGAGCCGCAGCCUCCACCUGCAGCAAAGUCUCACCUGAUCGUCACCUCUCCACCCCGGGCCCAGGGCAGUGCCAGGAAAGCCCGUGGGGAGGCCAAGAAGUGCCGCAAGGUGUACGGCAUCGAGCACCGGGACCAGUGGUGCACGGCCUGCCGGUGGAAGAAGGCCUGCCAGCGCUUCCUGGACUGAGCCGCCAGCCACUCUGCUCCAGCCCUGCCCGGCAGCCUGAUGGCAGUCGGCCUUGGGGGAAGCAGAGAGGUGCAGAGCCCGAGCGGGUGGUUCCCACUCUGUUGGCUCAAGUGUAACACUUAAAACACUUUCUCCCCCUUGUGGGAACGUUUUAUUUUUUAAAAAAGAAGCAAAAAUAUUUUUUCCCCCAAAAUAGGAGAGAGCCAAGACUGACGAAGGGUAUUCUACAGCGAACCAGAGACCAAAGAAUUACUAGUCCCUCCCACCUGCCCUGCCCCGGGGGCACUGGUUUGUACUGGACUGUGUGUCCUGUUUCCUGCCGAGUUGGUGGAUCCUUUGUUUUCUCAACUUUUCCAGAAAGGACUGUGAGCAAGAUGAAUUUCUUUUUCUUAAAAAAUGAGGAAGUUUCUGGCUGGGGGUGACAUGAGGCAGGACCACAGGUGGGGUGGGCAGCAGACGUGUGCCUCCUGGGGGGUGGCUCCUCUUCCCUGUCUGAACAGCUUUUGGAAGGAAGAGGAAAAUCCUUCAAAGGUGACAGCAUUUCAAUCUGGGUUUCCUCAGAGGUUGGGCUGCCUCCCAACAAGUGCUACAUGACUUCUUUUCAAAGCCCAGACGAGUCUGCUUUUAAAGACUGUCCUCAAAUCGCUGAGCCCAGGCUGAUGGUUUCUGAGACGGGGCGGUUCAACACUACCUUGACCAUCCUUCUGUGUCCUGGAGGAAGUGCUAGAGGUCUCAGUGUCUGGGGAACUAUCCUUACCUGAACAAAGCCCCCGAGGUCCUUCCCUCCCGUGUGGAAGGACAGGCCAGAACCGUUGAAUCUUAUCUGGUUCAUUCAGAUAAGAUUGAAUGAGGGGGUUUCAUUCACCCCUUUCUGUGGGUGGCCCUGAGAAACUCUGGAGGCGCUCUCGUCUCUGGGCUUCACCAGGGGUUUCCCCGUUUUUGCUUUGUGCGGAAGGCAGGGUGAAGAAGGUCAAGGCGAGUCCUUGUGGGAGUGAGAUUCGGGAAGUCCAAGAGGAAGGCAGGGUGGGCUAGCCAUUCCUGCCGUUUUGGCCCUUGGUGUCUCUAGAGGCCGCAGGGCUUUGGGGGAGAGGGUUGCACUGAGGUCAGUCUGCCAGGCUGUUCUUGUCGAGGGCAGAGAUUGAGGCAGUUGAGUGCCAACUAAGGAUGAAUGGAGACGGAGUGGGCCAAGCCCUGACGUUGUCUGAGUCUCUCCUUCCUCCCAGCCGACUUGGCUGCAACGCUUGUGGCCUGCUGAACAUGACCACCCGGGGCCCGGCUGUCUCAGACAUGAGUCCUGGACUGAUGUCCCAGGUGUCACAGGCUUAGGGAGUCCCACCAAUCCACCUCUCCUGAGCCUGAGCAGCAGUGUCCACCUUUGAUUAUCAUUGAGACUGUCCUCUUCGUCCCAGGUGAAAACACCUGGCUGCUGACGCUCUGUUGGUGGCUUCACGUGGGAAAUAAAUGUCUGUUUUUCAAUCCGAGACACAUGGAGCAUUACCAAACCUGCAAACCUAAGAAUAGGGGUGUGAUGUGGUGAAGGGUGUAGUGGCCUGGGCUGAUGACAGAAGGGACAGCCCCUCUUAUGCAAGAGUGUCUUUGGUGGGGGUGGGGAUAUAUUUUUAUAUUUUAGGAGAAAGAUGUAUAUGGGAUUCUGUUUCUUGGUGAAGCUUGAAACCAGGUCAGCCAGAGGUGGUCCAGGCUCUUGUGUCUCUUUGACUGCAAGGAGAGUUAAAAGCUGAUGGCCUUCUUGCCUCAUUUCCCACGUUGUCCCUCUUCAGAUCUUACUGGGGAAGGGAGCACGGGGGCAUGUGGACACGUGGGGACUGUGCAGGAGGUCCCCCCUCUUAAACCCCGGCUCGCGCUGAGUCUCACCGUCAGCAGCGCUGUUUUAAUCCCUGCCUCCAUUUGGACCUUGGAGAUAAAAACUGGAUACAAAGAUGUUGUCCAUGUGUGGCCGGCUUCUCAUGCCGUGGGUACCCAAGACAGAAAAGGAGGAGAGAGAGAAGGAAUUGAUGGGACACUUUAAAAGCUGAGGUGGCUUUCUUGUUCUUGUCCUUUAUCUCCUUUCCAUGCGGCCUUCCCUGUUGCAUCGGCUCCUUCCCCCUUGGCGGUGGCGCGGGCCUCCUCGCCCUCCGUCCACCUGCUUCUCCGUCUCGUUGCUCUUAUGUUGGUUCCUGUCGGGCGGCUUGUCCUUGGGGUUGCUCCGCUUGUUCCUCCUGGGAGGGUGGGGGUGGCCGGUGAGUCGACCUGGCGAUCUCUCCCUGCUUCCCAGACCCCUGGGCCGCAGAAUCUGGCUGGAGGAAGAUGCCGCAGGUGUGCAUUUGAAAGUAACAGGACUCAUCUGCAAAGCAGUUACCUAAGGAAAGGUGUCCAGUGACGUUUCCCCGUAUUCGGGUUCUCUUUGAGGUGCCUUCAGAGCCGGGGCUGUGUUUGGAGCAGCCUCCGUGAGGCUGGGUCUCCGCCAUGUGUGUUCAGUGCAGAGUCCAGACCAUGUCUGCGGUCAGGGCACGACUCGGGUGGAGAGUCAAAGGACUCUCAAGUAACACAGCUCAGAGUUAACGAGGUGACUUUUAACCCCUCUCUGAAGGCCAUCGUGUAACCUCAAACAGAGUUGUGAGCAGUCAGUGACUUUUUGAAGGACAAUAUCGGAUGUGGGAACUCUGUUGGAAGAAAUCUGUCCUGUUCCUUUCUGGUCAUUCCAGGUUCUGACUUCACCAGGGGUAAAAAGAAAAAAAAAAAAGGGAGAUAAAUCCCAUUUGUGAAUUGUUUUAUUGGCACCCCCCGCCCCCUGCCCAGCUGUCUUCCAAGUAUUAUUUUUACUGUUAAAAUUUUUUUAAAAAAAUGUGAAAUGUAAUGUUUUUACAGCAACAAUAUGAAAUAUAUUUUAUAAGGAAUAAAAUGGUACAUUGUCUGA